AUGGCGGCUAGCGGGUGGGCCUCCCCCUCUAUCUUCAAAGACAACACUCAUUCUCAAUCAAGAUCCCCUCUACAUGUUCCGCACAGAAUUCCUUUCCAAAAUGGGUUCUCUUCUACACUCAGCGCUUCUGCCCCUCCUACCUCCGGAUUUGAACCUUCAGGGGUAUCAACAGAUUCAUCUAGUCUCCCGACCUAUUUUUCUAAUUUCCCCAGCCCUACUCCUUUUUCUCCUACCGGCUUCACCGACUCCGCGCAUGAUACGCCUUUUCGCAAUUCUGUGAGUCCUAUAAUGACGUUCGGAUCUCCCGCUCCCCUCGAACUGCCGGAAAGUGCUGUGGCCUUUCCUUCACAACCCUUUAACGCUCCUCCACUUGGUACAGAUAGCGCCGCAAACAACACUACCUCCAGCAAAACUCCUGGGCUGAUGCGGAGGAUAUCCAGAGGAGCUGCGAAUAAGCUAGCUCGUCGAAGACAAUCUACAUCCCGCUAUGAUAAGCGAGACAAUAGCUCUGGUCCUGUGAUUAUGCAGAGGAGAAGUGACAGUAAAACUGGAACGACAACAUCUAGGGAUAGUGGCUUGGAUUCGAGCUAUGAAGAAGAGGAAGAACCCUGCGAUCAUCUAGCUUCGUGGUGUAACCGUGAUACAAAUGCUACUGCCAGUCGAUGUAGCAUGGCUGUUGCAGCCAAUGAUGGCUGUGUUGCGCCCAAACUGGAUUCUAUUUUGCAUCGCGGUUCACUUCUGACCAAGGUAUCUAAACAUAAGACGAAGAUGGUGACAUUUUUCCUCGAUUUACAAUCUGCCAAGGUGUACUGGGACUUGUCAAAUCCCGCAAAACGACUUUAUAUCGAUGAUAUUAAAGAAAUUCGCACUGGCCUAGAUGCCCGCAAUUACCGGGAGGAACAUGAUAUUCCUGAAAGACUGGAGGAGUUAUGGUUCACAAUUAUUUUCACGAACCCUGAGCAGUCCAAAAGCAAGCCCAUUAAAACGCUGCAUCUUAUCGCUCCCAAUAAAGAGACUUUCGAACUGUGGACGAAUACCCUAGAAGGAAUCUCUAGAUACCGGAUUGGUCUCAUGGCCGGCUUGGCCGGCUCUGGUCAGAGUGAGAGCGUCCUGAAAGCUCACUGGCAACGUGAAAUGUCUCGACGGUCUCUGGAGUCAGGAGAAGAGUCCCUUGAUCGGAAUGCCGUCGAGAACCUCUGCCAAAGCUUACAUAUCAAUUGCUCUAAAAACAUGUUACGGGCCCAAUUCGCAAAAGCAGAUAAGGACCGAACUGGAAGAUUGAAUUUCGCCCAAUUUAAAGAUUUCCUUCAACGACUGAAAGACCGCAAGGAUAUCCGAGAAAUUUUCCGCUCUAUCGCAACAGAUUCUGCUCAGGGGUUAACGUUAGACGAGUUUCUCGAAUUCCUUCGCGAUUCCCAGUGCGAAAACGUGGAGGAUAAUAACAGAAACUACUGGUCUUCAACCUUCGAAUUUUUCGUUCGCGGCUCCAAACAACGUGCCCUAGAACCACGAAAUUCUCCCAGUGCUCGGAUGAACCUGGAAGCUUUUUCGGCCUUUUUAAUGUCUCCGAAAAAUGGCAUAUACCCAGCACGAUUCUCAUCUCCGAAGCUCGACAGACCCCUCAACGAAUAUUUCAUCUCGAGUUCGCAUAACACGUACUUACUGGGAAGACAAGUUGCUGGCGAAUCCAGCACCGAAGCCUACAUCACGGCCCUCCAAAAUGGCUGCCGCUGUGUGGAGAUUGACUGCUGGGAUGGCGCUGAUGGUCGCCCAACCGUCUCUCACGGCCGUACAUUGACGAGCAGCGUUUUAUUCGCAGACUGUAUUAAUGUCAUCAACAGAUAUGCAUUCCAAGCUUCUGAGUAUCCGUUGAUACUAUCGCUUGAGGUCCAUUGUUCCCCAUUUCAACAACUGGCAAUGGUGGAAAUCAUGAAAGAGACAUUUGGGGAUAAGCUACUUCUUCGACCGCUUUUGACGAAUUGCGCGAUAUUGCCCUGCCCAGAUGACCUAAAGCAUCGCAUCCUGAUAAAAGUUAAAACCGCAGACGAAGACGAGCAGUUGACAUCUUCCAACUCUCAGAUUGCUGGGCGCAAGCGCAGUUCCAGUUCGCCCUUUGCUCGUGCCAAUGGUCCCGAAAGCGGUGCUUUUACAUUUCCCAUGGCGCAUGUAACUCAGCCAAUAGAUUCUGGUAACUUUACAGCAUGGACACCUGGAAGACGGUCACUUACAACAACAAGCUUGAGUAGCGCAUCCGAGGAUAGUGAUGCUGGCCCCCUUGUGAUGUCGACAAGGAAAGAGAAGAGAAAGCAGCCUAAAAGUCGGAUCACCCGAGAGCUUGCUGAACUGGGUGUAUACACUCGUGGAUACAAAUGGCACAGCUUCAACUCUCCAGAGAGCAAAAGGUUUAACCAUGUGUACUCUUUCUCCGAGAGAUCUUUCGAACAAAUAUCUCGCGACUCAGAGAUCAAAGCACUCCUUGAAGCGCAUACCAAAUCUUUCAUCACACGUGUCUAUCCGGCGAAUACUCGUUUCCGCUCGUCAAAUUUUGAUCCGAAUUUUUUCUGGAGGAGAGGCGUGCAAAUGGUAGCAAUGAACUGGCAGACGUACGAUAUAGGUAUGCAAAUGAACCAAGCAAUGUUUGCCGCCGGAACCGAUCAAACCGGCUAUACUCUCAAGCCAGACAGUCUGCGAACAUCUCCGUCGUCUCCGAGAUCUCUUGCUCUUUGUGGCGAUGUAAGGCCAAAAGUAGACAGGAAAUUGGUUAGAUUCACAGUGGAUAUCAUAUCCGCACAGCAGCUCCCAAGAUUGCGAGGAAUGGGUCCGGACGAUAGCAUUAAUCCGUAUAUCGAAAUCGAGUUGUUCUGCGCCGAUGAUAAGAAGAAAGGCCUUGCAUUUGGCGAAGGGGGUGUUGAUACUUCAGCCCGCAAUGGCGUGUCUGGAAUUGGUCAACCGCACCGUCGUCGGACAAAAAUUGAACAGCAGAAUGGUUUCAACCCUGUGUUCAAUGACCAAUUCAAACUGUCUCUAGAAACCAAAUACCCAGACCUCGUCUUUGUUCGUUGGGUCGUCCGCAACUCUCCUGAUGGACGGAGCUUUGGUGGUAAUAACAGUGUGCAGCUUGCCACCUUCACUGCAAAGCUCAGCAGUCUCUCACAAGGAUACAGAUAUUUACCUCUAUAUGACGGAAGUGGUGAUCAAUAUUUAUUCUCAACUCUCUUUUGCAAAAUCACUAAAUUUGACCCGGUACCAGCACAACGCCCCGGUUUCAAUUUAUCGAGAGGAGACCAGAGAGGAAUUAUCAAGCAAAUAAAGCACACAUUAACCAAACGUACGUUGUCUGCCGAGAGAGACAAGGAGAGGGACAGCGAUCGCUGCCAGGAAAAAGGAAAGGACUUGAUUCUGAGACCUGAAGACCUCCAGCUUAGAAAUAAGGGAUCUUCCUUAACUGAUGGCCCUUCUCUUGCUCUUCCAUCUCCAGCAUAA